CUAGAAGACCAUCCACCUCCAUUCCAGUUUCUGACAUUGGGAUCACCGGAUCAUCUUAACCGACCACGCCGGACAUGAUGUGUGCUAGUAGCAGCUGGCUUCUCCUCCUCCUCCUCCUCCUGUGCGUUGUGGUGGCGGCGGCUGCCGAUAAUUCGCUGCAACAGCAGUGCACGGAGAGCACCAGCAGCCUGACCCCCUGCAUGGACUAUGGCAGCGGCAGCAGCGACCGACCCAACAGCGACUGCUGCGACACCGUGAGGAACAUCCGGGGCACAAACCCCGUCUGCCUCUGCUACGCCGUACAGCAGACGCACAACUGCUCCUCCCCCUGGAGCACCUUAGGGCUCAAGGUCGAACGCCUGCUCAUGCUGCCCGGUGCUUGCAACCUCGACAACUCCAACGCUAGCAAUUGCAACGCUCUCCUUAAUUUAUCUCCAACCUCUCCGGAUUACUCCAUAUUCACAAACACUACACAAGCCUCUAAUAGCUCUUGCGAUGUGUCAGUGCCACCAUCAAAAGCAUUGAUCCACCAGAUCAACAUUUGUGUCACUUUUGCAAUUGGUUUAGCCGUGGCCACCUUCUUAUCUUAGGGUUUACCCAAGGCUACUCAUUUUGUUAAUUCUCUACUGAUACUUCAGUGGUUGUGCACAAUGAGGAAAACAAAGUGUAUCAUGUGGCUCUAACUGUAUUUUAGUUUUCUGAUUCAAUAUGGAUUUGAAGGAAUAAGAGAGAUGACCGUUUUCACUGUA